UUGCCACCUAUUAAUAUGCGCUGUCCUGACCCCCUGGACUCUUACUGCCCAACACCUGAACCACCGGAACAGGCACUGCCACUAAGGAGGAACAGGAACUGGAUGGAAUCCAUGCGACCCAUGGAUGUAACCCGCACCACUACCACCCGGCAGCAGGGGACCACGACUGACCCGGGCCCCAUGCGGUGGGAAAGGACGCACCG